UUGAAUGGUUCCGGUGAUGCUCAACGGUCAGUGUAAAUGAAUAGUGAACACGGAAGGCGCACACAAUUCGAAGAACACGAAUCUGCAGAUGCGAAUGAUUUUGAAAAUAUCUAAAAGCGAAAUACAUAAUAGUGAGAUUUGAAAUAUGUUUCUGAAAGCAAUUGCUGAGUGCGAUCGAGAAUAUGCCUAAGUGAAGACAAUCGAUUUGCAAUAAUGCAUAAUAAACGAAAAUAUACCAGGAUUCUUGGCUAAUCUAAAGGAGCAUGGACCUGCAUUGGCUGCUACUUACAAUAUUCUGCACCCUUGGUCUGAGCAAAGCGCUGGCGUUCGUAUUUGUAAACCAAGACGAACACAAAUGCAAAUAUGGGCGCAUCGAGAAGCUGAUGCGGAUACGCUGCCACGACAUGAACCUCAAAGAGGUGCCACAAUUUCUAAAGACAUCAGUGGAGGUUCUGGACUUAUCAUUUAAUCGCAUCAGAAAACUGAAAAAAGCCUCAUUUGAGAAAUACACAGACAUUAAAUUUCUGAUACUCUAUGAGAACAUGAUAUCUUCGGUGGAGCCGGGUACAUUCUCACAACUGACCGCGCUGCAGGAAAUUGAUCUAUCAAACAAUGGUCUAACGACAAUUCCCAUGGAACUUUUCCAAUUGCCAAAAUUACGAAAUCUGUACGCAGACAGCAAUGACUUGGUGUAUCUGGAGCAAGACCUACAGACGCUGACAAAGCCAAUACGAGCACCUCUGGAGUAUUUAAACAUAGCCAAUUGUGAAUUGCAUGAUAUACCCGAUCUGGGCAUAUUGCCAAAUCUGUGGCAAUUGAACGCCUCGUCGAAUCCAUUACAAAAUUUCAACAUCGAUAAAUUGGCCAAUUUGUGUCAUAUGAGCGUCAUCGAUCUGACAAAGACUCAAAUCAGCCAAUGUAGUUGCCAGCAAGUGAACAAUCAUCUGUACAGGUUGAAGGCAAGUCCAAAGUUUGUGCCCGUUUGUAUGGACACACUCGGCACACAUGAAUGUCCACUGCCCUAUAAUCGGACUGUAGACUCGGCGACAUUUCACAGCUGCCUCAAUCGUUUCGACGAGGUGGAGGCGCAGAAUCUGUGGAUUUUUGUUUGCGGUUGCAUUGGCGGCUCCAUCGUCGUUCUACUAGUUGUCUGGUACUGCAUUUAUAAGUGGCGUAAGAGACGCGCCAAAAAAAAACCGAGACAGAGCCGAGCAGUCGUACAGAAUCGCAAGAAUUUUGUGAUCUCGCCACGCAAUGCGAUCAACAAUCGGCAGGUGGAUGAAGGCGAGCCUCUUGCACUGUGAUACUGAUUACUGCCCGAUAUACUUGUAGAAUGAAAUGUGCAUCUAGUUAUAGUUAAACCUAGAUAGAUUGUAGUUUUUUGUAUACAUAUGUAGUUCAAGCUAUUUAUUUGUUUUGCUUUAGUCUAAGUUAGCGCAUUAGUACAAGUACAACUAACCAAAAGCCAUAUACUAGGAGUACAUACAUACCAAAAAAUGCCUUGCUCAAGUGUAAUCUUCAAUAUUUGGGGAAUUGAGCUUCGCUUUAGAAAAAGAGCGAUCUGUUUUAGAAUACAUCCAUGGGUGCCUUAAUUUAAAUCAAGUGAUGUAAAGUAGCCAUCCAAAGUACAAUUGUGCUACACAUAUAAUUAGUACGUAUGAGAAUUGAAAUAGAUGAUUUUGCUUUUAUAUUCAGAAAAUUUUACUCGUAUUGCAUUAAAUAUAUAAAUUAACCAUAAAAACAGAGAAAAAUCAAGAAUUUUGUAAAUAAAUAAACCUAAUAGGAAUAAAUACGAUCAUA